GUCUUAUCCAAACUAUGCGCUUAAAUGCACAUCAAACUCCCUCCAUAUUUUUCUCAUCAUCUCAACCGUCAAUUCCAUUGCUAAAUCCACUCAAUCAACCGCAAUUCCAGAUUUCUUGGGAACUUUGCAAAACGCGCUUCCUUAUUUCGAAAGAUGAAGCAUUCAGCAUUGUGUUAUGUUGUUCGGCGAGCUCUGAUAAAUGGCCGGAACUGUAACCGUCACGGUUCGGCGGUUGCCAGACCACUUCUGGCGGCUGAAAUCAGACAAAGCGGUGACGGAGGGUUCUUUUAUUGGAAGAGGAUGAUGUCUUCGCAAGCGGCGAGAGAGACGGAGGUGAAGAAAAAGGAGAAGGAAGAGAGUUCGCGAACAGAGGGUGGGAAGAGGGAGAAUAACGUGGUGGUGUCGAGUUAUUGGGGGAUUUCAAGGCCGAAGAUUAAGAGAGAGGAUGGAACGGAGUGGCCUUGGAACUGUUUCAUGCCGUGGGAGACUUAUGAAUCAAACUUGUCCAUUGAUCUGACUAAGCAUCAUGCUCCAAAAAACUUUCUGGAUAAAGUCGCUUAUAGGACAGUAAAGCUCCUCAGAAUUCCCACAGAUUUGUUUUUUAAGAGACAGUAUGGUUGUCGUGCAAUGAUGCUUGAAACAGUUGCAGCUGUUCCUGGAAUGGUAGGAGGGAUGUUGUUACACCUCAGGUCACUCCGUAAAUUUCAGCAAAGUGGUGGUUGGAUCAAAGCAUUACUUGAGGAAGCAGAGAAUGAGAGGAUGCACCUAAUGACUAUGGUGGAACUUGUGAAGCCUAAAUGGUAUGAAAGAUUGCUGGUUCUUGCUGUACAGGGAGUUUUCUUCAAUGCUUUCUUCGUACUUUACAUACUCUCCCCAAAACUGGCUCAUAGAGUUGUUGGGUACCUUGAGGAGGAAGCUAUACAUUCCUACACUGAGUAUUUAAAGGACAUUGAAAGUGGUGCAGUUGAAAACGUUCCUGCUCCUGCCAUUGCAAUAGACUAUUGGAGGCUUCCUAAGGAUGCCAGAUUGAAAGAUGUUAUAACAGUCAUUCGUGCUGAUGAGGCUCACCAUCGAGACGUGAACCAUUUUGCUUCUGAUAUCCACUUCCACGGUAAAGAACUGCGGGAGGCACCGGCUCCUCUUGGUUAUCAUUAGGGCGUUACUGCCAUGAAUAUAAAAUUACCCCUUUAGUGUGCAUUAAGAAACCUAUAAGCACCAAUCUUUUGAUUGAUACAGAAUUCCUAUAUUUCAAUCAUACAUUUGGAUGACAGUUAUACGACGUAUGCUGAUUAUACUCUAUUUUGUAAUGAGCAUGCUGAUUACACUCUAUACACUAAUGAUUCUAUGUUUAAUAUGAAAUUGUUACAAUUA